UAGGAUAGGAUCAUAUCAUCAUAUGUAUGCUAGCUACUUGAUAUUUUACCUUUUGUCUUUUAUCCUUUUCUGCCUUUCUUCUAACUACCAAUGAUAAAUCAUAAUGGUAAAAUCUGUUUAGAGGGAUCGAUUUCUUCUUUUUAUAUACGUGACCUUUAUCAUUUUCAAUUCUGUCUUGGGUGACGAUGGAGGACAACAACCAAACUCAACCACUUCUCACGCCGCAUGCGCAAAACCAUGCCCCGGACACCGCAGUCUUCACCACCGAAUCUGACGACAUCGCUCCAAUCGCCGGCACCGGAGAUUUCGCCCGGGAGUUCCUCCUCGAGUCAAAGAAGCUCUGGUACCUCGCCGGCCCCGCCAUCUUCACCUCCGUUUGCCAGUACUCCCUCGGCGCCAUCACUCAAGUCUUCUCCGGCCAAGUCAGCACCAUCGCUCUCGCCGCCGUCUCCAUUGAAAACUCCGUCAUCGCGGGCUUCUGUUUAGGCAUCACGCUUGGGAUGGGAAGCGCGUUGGAAACGCUGUGCGGGCAAGCUUACGGAGCGGGGAAACUGGAUAUGUUAGGAAUAUACAUGCAGAGAUCGUGGGUUAUAAUGAACACUACAGCGAUUUUUCUGAGCCUUCUCUACAUCUUCGCGGAGCCGCUUCUGAAGCUGAUAGGGCAAACGACAGCGAUUUCGGAGGCGGCGGGGAUGUUCGCUCUGUGGAUGAUUCCGCAGCUGUUCGCCUACGCUAUGAACUACCCAAUCCAGAAGUUCUUGCAGGCGCAGAGCAAGAUCAUGGCUAUGGCGUGGAUUGCGGCGGCGGCGCUGGUGCUGCACGUCUUGUUCAGCUGGCUCCUUAUGUUGAAGCUUGGGUGGGGUAUGGUGGGUGCUGCGGUUGUGCUGAACGCGUCGUGGUGGUUCAUUGUGGUGGCUCAGCUUGUGUAUGUGUUUUGUGGGUCCUGUGGUGAGGCUUGGAGUGGGUUCUCCAUUCAAGCUUUUCACAAUCUAUGGGGAUUUGUUCGCCUCUCUCUUGCCUCUGCCGUUAUGCUCUGCCUUGAAGUGUGGUACUUUAUGGCCCUCAUACUGUUUGCGGGGUAUCUCAAGAAUGCUGAAGUUUCGGUCGAUGCCUUGUCAAUCUGCAUGAACAUAUUGGGGUGGACCAUCAUGGUAUCCUUUGGAAUGAACGCAGCCGUAAGUGUGAGAGUGUCCAAUGAGUUGGGCGCAUGCCACCCAAGAACGGCAAAGUUUUCACUUGUGGUCGCUGUGAUUACUUCGACUCUGAUUGGUCUCUUACUCUCACUGGUUCUGAUCGUCUUUCGGAAGCAAUACCCCUUUUUGUUUUCAAAUGAUUCAGAAGUGAGAGAAGUGGUGAUGGAGCUGACACCAUUAUUGGCCUUUUGCAUAGUCAUCAACAACGUGCAACCCGUUCUUUCAGGUGUUGCCGUUGGGGCAGGUUGGCAAGCAGUUGUUGCUUAUGUGAAUAUUGCUUGUUACUACUUGUUUGGUAUUCCAGUGGGCCUUAUUUUGGGUUACAAGUUUGACUUUGGUGUCACGGGGAUUUGGACUGGAAUGCUGUCAGGGACCAUCUUACAAACUUGUGUUCUUUUUUUCAUGAUCUAUAAAACCGAUUGGAAUAAAGAGGCAUCCCUGGCAGAAGAUAGGAUAAAGAAGUGGGGUGGGCACGAAGAUUCCAAAAUGCAUGAUGUUAGGAAGAAUGAUCAAGAAACAUGAAGUUUCUGCAAACUCUAGCUGCAGGUAGUAACGUACAUUUUCUUUUGUCGAGCCCUCUGAUAUAAAUGUUUUGUGCGGUAUUUCUUUCCCUAGGGUCCGGUGU